AGAUUAGCCCAGCCCCUUGCUAGGAGAGCAGGCUCAAACGAAUCAGUUCCCUGAGCACCAGCAGUAUUGCGGACGGAGUAGUACGUGCUGCAUGUGUCAACGUCUGUACUGCUGAGAGUGAAUGCGCGAGGGAUCGAGGUGACUGACCAUUCGCUCCAGUUUCUGGGGGACUCCCAUCGGAAGCAGCCGUGUGGUCCACGCCGCUGGAUUACACGAACACCAGACAAACAUGUCAAGGCGGCAGAGGACCCCUUUGAGAACCGCUGAUAACGUGAUCGAGGUCAAAAGCAAAUUUGAAGCAGAGUACCGGAGGUUUGCCCUGAAGCGCUCCGGCACCAGUGGGUUCCAGGAGUUCUACCAGCUGCUCCAGUCGAUCCACAGGAUACCGGGCGUGGAUGUGCUGCUCGGUUAUGCUGACAUCCACGGUGACCUGCUGCCCAUCAACAAUGAUGACAACUACAACAAGGCCCUCUCUUCGGCCAAUCCGCUGCUGAGAAUCAUCAUUCAGAAGAGAGAUGUGGACGAGCCCGUGGUCUUCGCCACCAACUCGCUGCAGCGGAAGAAGAAGGGUCUCCCGGGCCUGCGGCCGGCCCAGCAGGGGAAGGGGAAGCCGGCGCUACUGAUCGGCCUGCCGCAGGACUUCCGGCAGAUCUCGUCCAUCAUCGACGUGGACAUCCUGCCGGAGACGCACCGGCGCGUGCGCCUGCACAAGCACGGCUCCGACAAGCCGCUGGGCUUCUACAUCCGCGACGGCGUGAGCGUGCGCGUGUCGCCGCAGGGCGUGGAGAAGGUGCCCGGCGUCUUCAUCUCGCGGCUGGUGCGCGGCGGCCUGGCCGAGAGCACGGGCCUGCUGGGCGUCAACGACGAGAUCCUGGAGGUGAACGGCAUCGAGGUGGAGGGCAAGUCGCUCGACCAGGUGACGGACAUGAUGGUGGCCAACAGCCACAACCUGAUCGUCACCGUCAAGCCGGCCAACCAGCGCAACAACGUGGUGCGCGGGAGCAAGGCCUCGGGCAACAGCUCCGGCUCGGGCUUCUCCCACGACUCCACCCCCAGCCCCGCCUCCCAGUACGUCAGCCACUACAGCAACAGCACGGCGGAGGGCGAGAGCGACGAGGACGGCGACCUGAUCAUCGAGAGCGACAGCCUGCCCCCGUACCUGCCCGCCGACCACUUCGCCAACGGCGACGGCGGCGGCGGCCUCGGCAACGCCUCGUCCUCGUCGGCGGCGGCGGCGGCGGCGAUGGGGCUGCGGCCCCUCCCCCAGAGCGCCUCCUUGCACAGCAGCUCGCUCUCAGACAGCAAGGCCUCCCUCAGCUCCCUCAACACCCCCACGCACAACGGCAGCCCCGCCGGGGCCAGCAGCAGCCAGGAGAGCAUGCGCGAGGACGGCAACGUCAUCACACUGUGAGGCCCCGCCCCCCCCCCCCUCCUCCCGCCUUUACACCGGGAGAGCCCCGCCCCCUUCCCCUGAGCCCCGCCCUAUCGGAUCAGACCACUCCAACGUUUCUGAAGGAGGAGGAGGAGUCUGCACAGCCAACAAACGGAAACAACAGCAACAAAAACCAAGAAAAACAGUUCUACUUCCCUUGGAAAUAUCCACUACUUUUUGAAAAAAUAUAUGAACUUAUUAAUACCUCAUUUCUACAACACAAUAGGCACUAUAUAAAAAAAAGUAUUGCCUUUUUUUGGUCUGAAAGUGCCCGAUGUUUGUUCCAUGCAUCUAAAAUGAAUGGAAUUGGACACCGCAGCCAGUGAGGUCAGCGGGGGGCGGGACUUGUGGCUAAUCCUGAAGAAGGCUGACAGCCUCGGCUGUAAGGAGGUGCCUUUCGCUAUUUUUUUCUCUCACUCCGCUAGCCUUAUUAAUGUUUUUUUUUGUUUUAUUACUCUCACUAAAUCUCAUAAAAUUAGCUCAUUUUCUAGCACCGGAAGGUUGGGGAAAACACUGCGAGGCAUUUCUCCGGAGAGGACACGCAAGCGGGCUGUACUCUCUCCCUCUCAGUCAAACUACGAGCUGGCGAGGAAGUGUCCGGAAUACACAGUGAAAGAUGUUAAAUUCAAUUGUGCCCUCCGGCUAAGGGUUGGAAGCACAGCGGUGGCUUUAUUACUCUCCCUCCCAACCCCUUACACACACACACACACACACACACACACUAUAGGUCCAGACAGUGCUCCCUGAACAGUAAAUCUAGCCUUUUCCCCCUGCACGUUAAAACAGCAGAAGGUGACAUAAGGUCUGCUCUAAGAUGGAAGAAAAGAACAUGUUCAGCACAUCAUGGUCCGUGCAGCACCUUGCUGGCUAGUUGAGGAUAUAUUGUUAGCUUUUUUCUCAUUAUAAUUUUUGUCAAAGGUGUUUUUCUUUUUUAAUUCUAUCUAUAAAUAUAUAUGGCUCUGCAAAUAUGUUGUCAUGGCAACCACUCUUUUGCACAUAUGAGCUUAGCUGCUUGACCGCACCCAUGACAACCAAUCAGAUGGCUUCCACUCUUACCUGUCUGUGCUUCACCGCCCCCCCAACCCCCUCCGCCCAGAGGAACAGGAAUACAACGCGAAGGAUGUGUCAAAACCAAGCCAGGAUCACACUACUGAGGACACUUGAGCCCUGACCUUUGACCUGCUUACACCCUGACAGGACCCUGUGGACAAACACCUGCAGUACACAGACUCCGUCAAUGGUACUUCCUGUCUUUCUUUGUGUACAAGAAGUCAUACACGCUGUCCGCUUUAGAAGCUGAAGGAUACUUAUAACUGUUUUUUUUUACUGAUAAUAAUGUGAGAAUGUAGCAUGAAGGAUUUGGCUGCAGAUGUUAUAUUUGGGAUGUCAGAUUGGCUGAUGGUCAUAUUCAGAGUGAAGGCAGUGGACUUCUGCUUCACUGCUGUAGCUAGAAUUAAAAAGGAAAUAAAAUCCAUACACCAACCACCACAGAUAUAUUUAUAGAUACAUGCUUUUGUGCUGCCAAAAGUGACAGUCCAAAGUUACUUUGAAAAAACACAAAAGCAGAGAUGUCCCCCGGUAUUAACUGGUCAUCCGAGUAUAACUGCAACCUUGGAGUAUUCAUAUAAGGAGCUGCCUCACCUCUGCCAAUAUCCCAGUAAUCACUGACUGAGCCAUUAGUUCCCCAAGCUGAUAUCAGUGUGAUAGGAUAUGGAGGCAACUGGUCCCCUGGAUCAAAGGUGUUUAGAUGCAGUACUGCAUUCACUGUGUUAAAAUGAGACUCUGAAAGUGUUGAAAUAAAUAGGAAAUGGUGAGGGACUGGUUGGGUUCUGUAGUUCACCAUUAUGUGUAAAUGAAGUUUUCUAACUGCUCUGACCGCAUGUGGCCCGAGUGGGAACUGUGCUAUUCCACAUGCACCGCGUAGGGUAGAGGUGUGGACCAUGACAACGGGGUGAUUCCAAACUCCAGCUUCUGCAUUGUUUUCUAUUUACUUCCCACCAAACCCCGUCUGUCGUUAUUUUUUUUAUGUGGAACCGUAACCGUGACAACGGAGCGGAACUGGAGCCUGGUGCAAGGGGGAGUGGAUUCAAUUGAAAAUUUUGACGCAGCCCUCGUUUUUAUCAUUGUUGUCUCCGUGGGUUUGCGCCCUGCGGGUUGUGUGCUCUGGGUUUGCGUCCUCUGAAGGUGGUCCGGUCCUGGUCUUCCGUUCCCUUGGGAACGUCUCAGAUGCCGCUUGUGUGAAGUACAAGGGAGCAGCAGACGGCAGGCUGAGAUUUUGGUGGAGCAAUAGUCCGUCAAUCAUCUGCCCCUGCCAAAUCUGCCAUUUCCUAUUGGCCAUUAUUGGGCUGGACCAGGUUUUGAUUGAUGCUCAACGUUGGCUGUUUCAACACCAACUUCCCCAGGCCAGGUUCAGUGGGAGGAGAUAGAAUGUUGACGCACGGUCAUGCGGUCUCACACUGAACAAGCCUGCAGUGGACUCAUACUGAAGGACGCAAAUGUAAGGCCCACACCCAUCACAAGGCACGUGUGCGUUUAUGUGUGUGUGUGUGGGCAAACUAUUUUCAGCUUUCCAUCCCUCUUGUCUCUUUUGUAGAAACUGCAUGCUCCCCUGCCCUCCGUCUAAUAACUGACGAAUCAGUUCCCCCUUCCAUCAUUAAUAUAUCCCGGCAGGGUCGGGCUGGCGGUGCUGCUAGCUCAUGAAAUCUGAGUUAUCCAUCUCCGCAGCCGGCCGAGCGAAAGCGGCUUCAUUACUGGUGUUAUCGCAGAGCAGCGCUUUAUUAGAGCAGCAGUUCUGUCGCCUCUCCUCAGGCCACAGCCAGCAGUCUGCGCGGCGGGGAUUUACCUGACCGUGACCCCGUAGACCAGCGCUACACGGCGCUACGCCUCCCUCACAUUGAUUUAGCUGCAAAUAAAGCCGGGGACAAGGAAGGAGACGUGUCACAUGGCACAAGGUUGAUCGAUGGGGUCAUGGGUCAGGGGUCGCCCACCCCUAAUCAAAACGGUGGAUCAUUGUACAUGUACUCGUAUUUAUCACCUUUUGUUUUUUUGAAGAUCAUGUCCUGUGGAUAGGUGAUAGUGACCCAAUGGAAAUGGCAAGAAUGACUUCUCUUUGCACCUUUAGCAUGGAUUUAAUACUAAGACUAUACUGCAGCUGCUUAUUUUGAGUCCGGCUGGAAUGUGUUUCACCUUUAAAAGUCGUACCAGCUGACAGGUGAUGCCAAAUGUGUUUAUUGCAGCUUGCAUUGAUCUCCAUAAAAAUAUGAACGGCAAAAUAAGCAGCACCCCAUAAGGUUAUGACUCUGGACCAAGUCAAGAGCUGGCUGAGCUUAACAUUGGUCUGUGUGCGUUUGCGUGUCUUUAUGUACGUGCACGUGCAUUUUAGGGUUUUUUUUUUAUUUAAAAAAAGCAAUUGCUGUCCUGUCUGGUUCCUGUCCUGCUGAAACUGCUAUAAUUGCAUGUGAAUAGGUCUUGUUGACAUGGUUUCCGUGACGACCGCACCUGCGCCAUGGCGAUGAAUGUCUAUUUUAAUUCCCCUGAUAAGCACGGCACGGCGGAGGCGUGCGCAGACAUGCAGACGGAUUGCUCGCUCGGAGCGCGCUCAGUGCAGAUGCCAGGGGUCAGGCCGCGUUCACCUUAAUUUAGGUUUAUCACCAUGCCGCUACCACAAAUAACACCGCCCCCCCCCUCCCCCACCCAAAAUGUUCCUUUGGAUUGGCUCGCCCUCUCUAUUUCUGUAGCCAGGACCCUACCCCUUUUAUUUUUAAUAAAACGGUGCAGAUGAUGCAGGUUCCGAAUAUCUUUGAGUGCUUUCAGAUCAAUCGGACGUUGCCUGUGCAGUCACCAGCAUUGCAAAUUUGUUCCUUCAAUCAUCCUCUAGAAUUUAAGGAUGGUCUGUACUGGAUUAAUCUUUUUCUCUUUUUGGAAUAAACUUAAUUUUUUUUUUUAGAAGACAGUGCGGUGGGCUUUUGCUUGGGUCUAGUUGCUGCAUGAGGCCCUUGCAAACCACAGAAGCCCAAGUUUGACCCGUUAAAGGCUUCAAAUGAAUGACUCUCGUGCUGACUUUCUAGCGACCUGAUCCAAAAGAGCACUUAGGGCCCCACGGCCAAGGAAUUGGGUUCUGGUUUGGGUCCGUCAGUCAAAAUAAUUAAUGAAGGAAUUUUCCCAGCCUGCAUUGCGCUUUGCCCCUCGUCGUUCUGAACCAGCCGGGGCGGCGUCGAUGCGGGUCGCAGGGGUGUGUGUACUGAGCAGCCCGGCUCUUGGAGUUACGAAGAGCGACGGCACUAGCAGACGCCAGUGUGGGCGUAGAUGCACGUCAGACCGCUAUCUCAAUUUUAACCUUAAUAUCAGCUGCGUGAACGUUAGCAGCGACCUUCCCCUACCUGCAGAGAAACACCAAGCCAACCCCCUGCCGCUGAAUUGUAACCAGAAGGUUCAGAGGUCGCUAAUAUGUUUGCGUCUUUCCGGUGAUUCUGUUUACGGUUCAGGUCUUUGAGAACGCGGGGUCGGCUGUUCUCCUCUUUAUUUGUAGGGAUCACAGCGGGGGGGUUAUCGGAGAUUUGUGAGCAUGAGAGGGGCGGGAGUUAACAGAGCAUAGUAAUCACAGGUACUGAACGGGCAGAGGCUCUGGAACAAUCCGCUCAAUGCCGAGAAUGCUUUUUAUGUCAUUGGGGGGAGGUGACCGUGACCCGGAGUCCACCCUGACCAACCAGAUAGCCUCUCCCUCCCAGUAUCCAUGGCAACACUGCACACACUCCAAAACUAUGUACCGGACAAUAAUAUAAGCCUAUAUUUUUUAUUAUUCACUCAUUGUAUAUGUAUAAUAAAAAUUAAAAGAAAAAAUAAUACAUUAAGGGACAUUUUUAAUAACUUGGGAGAUUUUUGUAUGACAGAACAUUUUAUAUAUGUAUAAAAAUAUGGACAGUAUUUUUCUUAUUCUUGUACUUUUAUUUGUAUAUGAGAAUCCUGGAGAUGACCCUCCUAUCACUAUGACUACCGUGAGACAAACUGAAAUCAGAGGAACUUUGUAUUUAUAUUAUUUAAUGAAUCAAAGGGUUUUGGGGUGUACAAUACUGUGAAUGUGAUAUAAAUGUAUGCUGAUUAUAAAAUAUUAUCUAAAGAUAAUAAAAUAUGUUAAAAAACCAAAA